AUGUCACACGUCACAUCUUCACCGAUUUGGCACGAAGGUGCCUUCUCAGCCGAGCAGUACCGCCAGUCAGCUCCAGCGGUUCCUUUACAAAUGGUGCCCCCAAACGCCCAGUUGCGUGGCCGUAUGCCACCUUCACUCGGGCACGCAAGGCACUUCACGACGCCAAUCGCAGCGCCCGCUCAGGGACCUACAAUAGCCCACGAUGAGGCACGGCCUUCCGAUUCAAACGGUCUCACUCCGUAAGUGACGUUCGCGCCCGCUUACGGUCCACACGAGCUCAUUUGAGGUCAUGCCCUCCCCUUUCUGUGUGAUCUCCACUCUCAGGUCGUGCUCUCGGUGCAGACAAAAGAAGUUGAGAUGUGAUUUUCAGACACCGUGCUCGAAUUGCAUUGGCAAAGGUUUACAGAGCGAGUGUCACAAGGAUGUCCGGAUUCCUAGGGGGCGCAAGCGACCCAAGUGAGUGUGAUGAGGCGAUGGAAAAUCCAACGCUAUCGUACGCUAAUCUUGACUCGCGACUGGAACAGAGCCGAAUCGCAGCUCACAGACGAAGAGGAAAUUGUCAAGCUGCGCAAACGGCUUGCCGAGCUCGAGGAGCGUGCCGGCGGUGGUCGACUAACACCGUCCACCUCAUCAGCAAACAGUUUGGGUGGCCGGGUGUCCACGCGGAGCGACAAGCCGCUCAGACACCGGCACCAUGCAACUGGUCCUGCCGAUGAUCGCUCGGGCGGUAACAGCAGUCCUGGCAGCCGAAGUCACCUGUCUAGCAGUUUCGUCACUGCCACUAGAGACAUCAUUGGCUCGCAGGAAGGUUUGAGCAUCCAUUUGCCACUUUCUGGCAGUGCGUCUUCCGACUCAUUCCGAUCCGUUCCUCACGGCAGCACAGUCCCAUCGCCCCAUUCGGCAUCCGUCAACGAGAGUGUGCUGAUGAAACCCCAAACUCGCACUCGCUCCUCGAAGCCAUUGAUCUUGUCACCGCUGCUGCCUGCCGAGCGCGCGUUGCGAUCCCUCGAGACCGUCGCCAAUCCCUCUGCCGCCCGCACGAUCUGCGGCACCUCUGAACGUGACGGCCUGCUCAAAAGACUGACAGGUCUUUCCGACGAUGUGCCGAACGCCUAUUGGUCGGAUCCGGCCAAUGCCGAGGAACGCAUCGCGUUGUUCGUAGAAGCACGUGCUGCUAUUCCGGACCCCAUCGUCGUCGAAGAAUUGGCUAGAACCUUUCUGUGAGUGGCGGCGAUCGCGUCGGCAUGAACCUCAAACGCGCUUGCUCACCUCGCUGACUUGCUCCCGCACAUCGUCUUAGCUACCGGGCGAACCACUGCGGUGGCCAUGUCGUCUACACGCCCUGGCACAAGGCCGCGACCGAGCUGCUCAGUAUCGCCAGUCCCGAACAGGCGGUCUCAGCUCCCAUGUUCCAGGACGUCUCGAAUCUUGGACUCUGGUUCUUGAUCCUGAGCGUCGGGUACCAUUUUCAUCCCAACAAUGGGCCGACUUCGCACACUCGCGGAUUUGCCGCGGUGCACGCUCUUCGCAAGUCUGGCAUCGAUCCCUCAGUACGCUGGUACGGCAUCGCUAAGCGUGCUCUUGCCAUCGAGAAGGACUACGUCUUGAAAAGCUUGCCUGCCCUCCAGUGCGCCUCCCUUUUCCUCCUGCUCGGUCGUGAUGACCCCGCCUGGCUGCGAAUGCUGCGGGCGAUGACUAUCGCUGGUGCCCGUGAUAUGGGCCUGCCAAGAUUGGGCAGCGCCAGCUAUGCGCGCGAGAUGACCACAAACGACUUUGUUCGUCUAGAGACUGCCGUGCGCGUCUGGAACUUCCUUUGCGUCAGAGACUGGUGCUGGUCGCAGCGCGAUGGCAGCUACUCGCUCCAUCCGAGUCAGAUGACGACACGCCUUCCUUUGAACCUCAACGACGCAGAUCUCGAAGCUGGCACGACCGAAUCCAAAUCAUCAUCGAAUUGGACCGAGAUGUCCUUCGUCAUCGCCCAGGUUGGCCUUGCGCACUGUGUACGCGAGGCUGCAGAUCUUCGGAACGCGAAUCUGGACGACACCUCGCGAGCGGUCGUCGAGUGCAUCGACGAGUCCUUCCGACGUUUCUUGAGCGCUGGUCUACCGCACUUCUACAGCGUCAACAGUAGAGAGGCUACCCCGCCAAUCAUGGCACCUCAACGGUGGAUGCUACACCAGCAAGUGUUCCAUCAGCUCUUGCUGGUCCACAGAAAUCACAUUGCUUCGCCUGUUGGACGGUCAACGUGCUUAUCGCUCGCCCUAGGCACCCUGGAGCUGUUCAAGCAGCUCCGCAUGAUGUGCCCGGUAAUCGAGGGCAUGUAUGUCAAUUCUCACCACCUCUUCGCAGCCGGCACUCUCCUCUUGCUCGACUUGUUCAAUGACAACGUCGAUGAUGAGCAUCGUGCCAACGUUCGCGACAAGGUCUCGGCCGCUGUGCAGUACAUGUCUCCAGCACCUCGUGCCAAGCAGCUGCUCAGUACGCUGUUAGAUGAAGAGGCGCAAUAUUAUGAGGCCACCAGAGAUCGGAAAGCGUACGUGCAACGCGACAGAACCUUGGAUCUGGCCACUCUCUGCGACCGGGUGGCGGAAGUCAUCGAGCAAACACCUGGUCUUCCUCGCGACGAUGUCAAUGCCAUCGACGACGUGAGGAUGCCGGACCAUCACUUGAUGCCAGCUCUCAUUGGACUGCAAUCGCCGACGAGCGAUUUCAACCAGACCAAGCCAAACCUCGAGCAUCAUCUGUCCCAAGACAAGGUCGGGCCGAACUCUGCAUUCGAAGAUCCAAGGUUCUUUGGCUUUGAUCACCGACAAGGAAACACGUCGGCAUCUCCAUCCUCGCGCCCCAAUACCGGUCUGAUGCCCCGCAGAGGCACUGUGCUAUCGCCAGCUCUGCCGUCGCCCGCCGAGCUUGCCAGAAGAGCGCCAAGGAUCCUUGCAGAAGGAGCCAUCACGCUGCCCAGCAUCGGCGUGGAUCACAACUUGUCUUCCAAUCAGCACAACUCCUUCAAUAUCCACCCUAGCUUCCGAUCGGCCGUGUACGAUCAACCCAGCAGCAGCAGCAGCAGCCACAACGACAAGAACGCUAUGGGGCCCAUUCCUGCUGGCGGCUUUGAUGUGUUCGCACCCAACAAUGUCCACUCUGUCUCGGAGAACGAUCAAGCGAUCUGGAAUUGGCUACUAUCUGCCGGUCUUCCAGACAUGCAAACUGCUUUCUGAGCCCCUUGCCCUUUCACAGCGGGCCCGCGCCUCAAUCAGCGCCCUCUACCAUCAGUCUCGCAAGGCUCAUCUCAAGAAUGUCUAG